UCUCCAUCCACACCUCUCUCUCUCUGUCACUCACUUGCUGUCUCUCUCUCUCUCUCUCCGGACACAGUUAACGACAAUGGCCACCGAAUCCCCCAUCCGAAUCGGAGUUUUGGGUUGCGCUGAGAUCGCUCGGAAGAUCUCUCGGGCCAUCCAUCUCGCUCCCAAUAUCACCGUCGCCGCCGUCGCUAGCCGCUCCGUCGAGAAGGCGAAGGCCCCCUCCCCCGCCACGAACGGGUACCCUCCGACGGUGAAAAUCCACGGAUCGUACGAGUCGCUCCUCGACGACCCCGAAGUCGACGCCCUAUACGUCCCGCUUCCGACAAGCCUCCACGUCGAGUGGGCUGUACGCGCCGCCGAGAAGGGGAAGCACCUCCUGCUCGAGAAGCCCGUCGCCAUGAACGUCGUCGAGUUCGACAAGAUCAUCGCGGCCUGCGAAGCAAAUGGCGUCCAGAUUAUGGACGGGACAAUAUGGAUGCAUAACCCUCGGACCCAGAAGAUGAAGGAGUUCCUCUCGGAUCCCGAGCGUUUCGGACAGCUCAAAACCGUACACAGCUGCUUCUCCUUUGCAGCGGACGAAAAUUUCCUCGAGAACGACGUCCGAGUGAAGCCGGGUCUUGACGGGCUCGGCGCUUUGGGAGAUGCGGGCUGGUACACAAUCCGGGCGACCCUUUUCGCCAACAACUACGAACUUCCGAAAACUGUCACCGCCUUGCCCGGUCCCAUCCUUAACGAGGCCGGUGUGAUUCUCUCCUGCGGGGCGUUUCUCCGCUGGGAAGACGGCCGAACUGCCACCAUUUCCUGUUCCUUCUUGGCUAACCUGACAAUGGACAUAACGGCCGUUGGAACCAGAGGAACUCUCCAAGUCCACGACUUCAUCAUCCCGUUCCAGGAGACCGAGGCCUCGUUCAGCACAAGCACAAAGGCUUGGUUCAACGAUGGGGUGACCGCUUGGGUUAACAAGCCGAGCGAGCACAAGAUCGUGACUGAGCUACCGCAAGAAGCGUGUAUGGUGAGAGAGUUUGGACGCCUGGUCGGAGAAAUCAAGAACAGAGGAGCGAAACCUGACGGGUUUUGGCCGAGCAUCAGCAGGAAGACGCAGCUUUUGGCCGAUGCAGUGAAAGAGUCGAUCGACAAGAACUUGGAACCGAUAUUUCUCUCGGGAAGUUGAAGUAAAGAGCUCUCAAGAUGUGUUGUCUGUGUCAUGAAGUUCGUUCAUAUCCAAUCAGAAGCACUGCUGCUGCUGUUGUUUGUUGUUGUUACUUAGCCUCGUGAGUUAAAGGAGUUCGGUUCUUUGGGCUGUAUGUAUGUAUAUAUGUGCCUUUGAACAAAAAUAUGUCAAUAUUGACCAAAAAAAAAAUGUCAUUUACGAUUUUGAUUUUGUAAUUA